CCUUGUGAACCUCACACGGUCCACUCUACGUCUCGCAGGCAGACACUCGCGUCCUCAACCCUGCCUCUGAUCCCCAACUCCUGUCCUUGUUGCCCCUCUUGAUUCCGUAUUCCACAUCUCACACCUAAAAUGUCAGCUCGAGCUAUUGUCAAGUCAGUCUUGUCGGGUGACACUGUAGUCUUGAGACCCAAAGAAGCGCCCGCAAGAGGCACAUCGGCUAAAGAACGUGUCCUCCAUAUUGCUGGUAUUCAAGCCCCCCGACUAGGAUCCACAACUCGUGAAGAUGAACCAUUCUCAUACGGUGCUCGAGAAUAUCUUCGAGCUUUGCUGGUCGGCAAAGAAGUAGCCUUCGCCAUUACACACACUGUCGAUGCUUCAUCUCAGCGUGGAGCUCCCGGACAAUCUGCCGAACGUGAAUUCGCAAACAUCUUCACGGCUCCUCCUGGACCUGGCCAGCCACCACAAGACGUCUCUCUUCAAAUACUCGCGAAUGGGUGGGCCAAGGUUCGAGACGGUGUCGGUGAAGGAGACGAGGCAGUCAGACGACUCGGAGCAGAAGAAGCCAAACGAAGAGAAGGUCUUCGUGCCGCCGAGUCUCAAGCCAAAUCAGAGGGCAAAGGCCUGUGGGCAGAACAACCGGAAAGCCAGCGCACGGUCUCUUUUCAAAUGCCUCAAGAUCCCUUGACCUUCAUUGCUGAGCACAAGGAUAGGGAUAUCGACGCCAUCGUUGAGCAAGUGCGAGAUGGAACUCAGAUGAGGGUCCGGUUGAUCCUCGACGACCACACUCACCAAUAUAUAAAUCUUGUCAUUGCUGGAGCCAAGAGCCCUCGCGCUUCAAAUUCUAGGGAUGGCGACUCAUCUUCAGCAGAGCCAUGGGGAGAGGAGGCCAAGUACUUCACGGAAGUGAGACUCCUUCAAAGACCCAUCAAAGUCCGCCUCCUUUCAGCUCCUGCUUCUCUUGGUGCUUCGCCAUUGAAUGCUGGUCCGACGCCUGCCGCAGCCUCCACCACGUUGAAAGGCUUCGGCAACGGUGGCUUGCCCGCUCCUUCUGCAGGGGGAGCUUCGGUCAUCAUUGGCACAGCCAUUCAUCCCAAUGGCAACAUUGCCGAGUUUCUCGUUGGCGCGGGCUUGGCGAAAGUUAUUGAUUGGCACGCGGGGAUUCUCGGACCACAUGGAGGACUUGACAGGUUAAGAGCAGCAGAAAGGACAGCCAAGGAAAAGCGGCUGGGGCUCUGGGAAGGCUACGGGGCUUCGAGACCAGCUUCCAAUGGCGUCAACGGCCAUUCUAGUGCCCCUGUAGCGACCACCAAGGGUUCUGACUUUGACGCCGUCGUCAUUAGAGUGUGGAACUCCGAUCAGAUCAGCAUUGUGGCAAAGGGCGAUGCCGGCGAAAAAGAGAGGCGGGUUCAGUUGGCUUCUGUCAGAGGACCAAGAGGUACCGAAGCUAAGCAAGCCUAUUGGGCCAGCGAAGCGAAGGAAUUCGUUCGAAAGCGCCUCAUCGGCAAGAUUGUUCACGUUCACGUUGAUUACAUCAAGCCGAAAGAUGGAGAAUACGACGAGCGAGAGUGUGUCACUAUCACUUAUGGUGGUGCCAAUAACAACAUUGCCGAGCAAUUGAUCGAAAAGGGCCUGGCGACGGUCCUCAGACACAAGCGCGAUGAUGAAGAUCGCUCAUCGCAACUCGACAAGUUGAUUGUUGCUGAACAGACUGCUGCUACCGAGGCACGAGGUCUGCAUUCCUCCAAAGAUGUCUCGCUUCCCAGAAUCGUUGAUGCGUCAGAGAAUGCGAACCGGGCCACGUCAUACUUGUCCACCUGGAAGAGAGCGGGACGUCACAAUGCAGUCGUCGACUUUGUGUCCGCUGGAUCCCGCUUCAAGAUGUUGCUACCCAAGGAGAAUACCAAAAUCACUCUAGUUUUGGCUGGUAUCCGAGCUCCUCGUACUGCCCGCAAUGCUUCCGAAAAGUCUGAGCCGUACGGUCAAGAGUCGCUCAAGUUCGCCUCGCGAUAUAUGCAACGCGAUGUAGAGAUUGCCUUCGACAGUGUCGACAAACAGGGAGGAUUCAUCGGCUCUAUGUAUUCUGGGGGCAUCAAUGUAGCUGUAGAGCUCGUCAAAGAGGGUCUCGCGUCCGUCCACACCUACUCGGCAGAGAGUCUCCCCUUCGGAAAGGAGCUCAUGAGCGCCGAGGAAGAAGCGAAGAAUGCGCGAAAAGGGAUCUGGUCCGACUACGCUGGAGAAUCUGCACAGGAGGCUCCACAAGACGCGACUGGUGCUCUCGUAGCCGAGUACCUAGACGUCUAUGUCUCUGCAGUCAAAGACAGCGAGCCAUUUGGUUUUUCCGUUCAAGUCUUGAAUGACAACAGUGUUGCCUCACUUGAGAAGCUCAUGUCCGACUUUUCUCUCCAUCACCGCACGCCUACCGCCGCAAGCCCCGCUGGUUUCUCGCCUAAGACGGGUGAUCUUGUAUCCGCCAAAUUCAGCGAAGACAAUCAAUGGUAUCGGGCCAAAGUGAAGCGAUCUAGCGCUUUGAAGAAAGAGGCAGUGCUGUGGUUCAUCGAUUACGGAAACGAGGAGACUUUGCCAUUCGCUCGUAUCCGACCUUUAGACAGUAAAUUCAAGAGUCUGCCGGGUCAAGCAAAGGAAGCGAGACUCAGUUUCGUCAAGGUCGUGUCGAAAGACAGCGAAUACGGGCCGGAAGCAUGGAGACGAUUCGGUCAACUGACCGAGGGCCGCAAGCUGGUCGCGAAUGUCGAUCACCGCGAAGGCAACUUGUUACACUUGAGACUUAUUGAUCCUUCUGAUCCGAACGCUGCGGACGAUCCGCUCGCCUGUCUGAACGCGGACAUGAUCAGAGAGGGUCUCGCUACCCUUGACAAAUCUUGCCGAUACCUCGCUGCCUACCCUCAAGUCGUUGAGAAGCUUAAACAGGCGACGGAGGGAGCAAAGGCUGAUCGCUUGGGUAUCUUUGAGUUUGGGGACGUCAGCGAAGACUAGAUUUGAAGCCUUUUGGAAAGGCCAAUUUGACUAUCUGAAUCCUUCAAACCUUGGACGGAAUGCACUACAGCACCAAGCUC